AUGUGUGCCAGGCUCCAAAGAGCUCUGCUCUAUGGCAGGCAAGGGUCCUCGUCUGCAUCCCUGGCCUUCCACCCUCCCUUUGCAGUUCAUAUAAAUCUGGGUCAUAUCUUCCUGCUCUCUGUAGUCAUCUUGGCUUUCUUCAGUACCUUCUCGUGGUGCUUUGCAUCUGAGCUCUUCCCAAAGACCAUAAAGCACAAAGUGAUAUCAGCCAUCAUCAGUUUCCUCACAGGGAUCUGUACCUUCAUGAACUUGUUACUUCAUUCCCCUGAAAUCCAGAGUCUGAGGAUAAAGUCCAGCCCCAUGCAAUUCUCUAUGCAGUGGCCUCACUAUAUAUGGUGCUUUGGUGUUCUGUUCCUAGUGACUGGUAACAUCUGCCUCUUUGAAGACACAGUCUGCUUUCAUUUCCAUUUCUUGACCACUCCCAAGAGUACUGAGGAGUGCAGAGGCGUCCUCUACCUAGAGAAGCUGGACAGUCUUGGCAGAGAACUGAGCUUGGUGCAAGAGACAGUACUCAAGGAAGAAACAGUCAUCCACAUAGGAGACCUGAGCUCUGUCCCAGUCUAUGUGAGUGCCUAA